UGUACACACUUCGUGGUGGAGCAACUAUCCACAUUACGUCACUUUGUGGUGCAACUGACAACAUGUAUGAUGUAGAUUGCCCGAUUAAGUGUUAGGUGACGCAGAUCUCAUUCUCUUAACGAACAGUAUCUUUUAAUAAGCAGAAGACUGGAAAACGGAGCAAUAUCCAUUCUUUUUAUGUGCAUCUUUAUUCAUAAAAAAAGUGCUUUAAAGGCUUAUGUAGGAAGCAUUUCUUGAUACUGCGUCAAUCCGCCUCAAGCAAAAGCACCCCCUCAUCUGUUGAAAAGAAUGCCUUGUAGCGAUGCAACUGUGACACGUACGUUUCGUAGUUGUUCAUGAACCAGCAAAUUUCAGUUUCUACUAAAAGCGCUUCUGCUGAGAAAAUGGCACCUUCCCUUGGUCCAGCUUGAGGCCAAUAGAGACUCCAUGUCUGCUUGCAUAUGUUAUGCACACAAAUUUUCUGAGCCACCGUAGAGGAAAAGAAAUUGAACCACAAACAAAAUCUUCUAAAUCAAAGUGAAAGUAGGAGUCAAACAUCAGCAAGGACAGGAUAAUUCCGGAAGAACAAGAGCCAUUACUACCAGUGACAGUAUCCCUUGCAAACUUAGAGAUGGAUGUACGCAAGAGAUUUACAGAGAUUCAUCAGCGGCUGCAAGAACUUGGUACAGCAGGGGACCAGUUAACCCAACUGCCGUCAUUUAAGAAACUGCAGACCCUUAGCCAAUCGAAGUCAACCUCCAGGAUCGUCAGGAUUGUCACUUUGGGAUUCUUCUGGGCAGUGGUCCUGGCAUUAGUCCUGGCCUACAUUGCCAUCAUGCUGCUUGUGGUGGGCAGCAAUUUUCUCGAAGACCCCCGCUUGGAGCAAGUCCACCGGAGCCUCAGCCAGGUCUGGAUGGAAAGGGUCAUGGAUGCCAACAUGGACACUGAGACAUGCCUGAUGGCUGUGCCAGAAACACUCCAAGACCUGUUCCGGCCGCCGGUGAACUGCAGCAUCUGCCGGGAUGUCGAAGAGAUCAAGAAGCUGUCUGGCCUGACGCAGGAAGAGUUUGAGCGACUGUAUGCCUACACAGCAAGGCCAGUUGUGGUCACGGAUGGAAUGGAACAGUGGACGGCACUACAGGUCCUCAGUUUUGAUUUCUUCAAAGAGAUUUACAGUGACAAGAGCCCUGUGCUUGAAAGUAACUCUCCCGACUGCCAGUUCUUCCCGUAUAGAACAAAUUUUGACAGCCUGAAGGAAGUUCUUGAGAUGGCACCAGAGAGAGCAAAUUUAUCAGAUGGUUCUGCUCCUUGGUACAUCGGAUGGAGUAACUGCGAUUCCACAGCAGCCAAUACCCUUCGCCAGCACUACCACCGGCCGUACUUCCUGCCACCAGAGUCCGAAUCCAGCAAGACUGACUGGAUCUUCAUGGGCAGCCCUGGCUAUGGGGCGCACAUGCAUAUUGAUGACGUGGAGCUACCAUCUUGGCAAGCACAGGUCAAAGGUCACAAGAGGUGGACCUUGGAACCCCCACCAGAAUGCUACUUGGAAUGCCAAACUCUGGAAGUGGAGGUCCAUCCCGGCGAAAUCAUCGUGCUAGACACCAACAAGUGGUUUCACCAGACGCUGAUCAUUGGAGAUGAGAUGAGCAUAACAAUCGGCUCCGAGUAUGACUGAGCUCACCACUCACUGCCAAAACUAAUAUUUUUUACGUCGGUGUAAGGGAAAAACCUGUAAUGAAAAGUAACCUUUUCUGCUUCUGUAACCUCUUUCCAAAUGUAUUAUUUAUUAAAAAAAAGACUCUUGAAAAAUGCUAAGAUUUUUAGGCAAGACAUUGAAACCAACUCUUGAAAAUCAUGUGAUCAAUUUGAAAGUCACCACAAGCUCAUAAUUUACAAGACUCCAAAAUUCCACCUUGAACUGCAAGGGAUAUGUUCUGCAACACAGGUGGGCCGCAGCAGCCAAGUUCUGCAACACAGGUGCGCUGCAGCAGCCGAGUUCAAGUUCAACAUAUGUUUGAUCUCCACCAACCUCUCGUAUGCUAUAUUUGUGUGCGUAAAACAAAGCAGGCUUGAACUCAAAUUUGCCAUAGAAGGCUCAAGGAAUAAUUGACAUGUUAAUCCGUCAUCAGCUGCCUCUAUAAAAGUGGAUUGCCUGAUGAUGUUUAUAGAGUUUAUGCAUGGCAGCCAUCUUCCUGAUCAAUGCUUUAGUAAUGGAGGAUGUACACAAAAGGACUACUCAUGUGCAUCCCUAUGGAACAAAAACAUUGACCGGGAAGAAAAAGAAGAU